AUGGAGGAGCCCAUUACGAGGUCUGCUGGACAUGGCUUUCCAGGUGCCAGGUUAAAAAAAAUUAAGAGACUGGUUUUUAAUGGACAGGUUGAUGGUUUUCUGGUCAGUGGGAUCUCCCGGAGAAGAGACCCACCUGCAGAUAAAGAGACUUGGGUGAGCUAUUUAGACAGCGAAAGAUGUCCAUUUGAAGGUGACACUUCAAUGACUCCCGUGAAACGUCUAUUCCACUACCGUGCAUGUACCAGAACAGCCUUUGUAAAGAGGUUGAGACGUGAGAAGGGGUUCUUGAACAAAAGGGGCAAAGGGGAUAAAUUUGACGGAAAGAUGUGCCGAAGAUACUCUUUGCCGUUCGAACCAAAAAUGAAAAUGCAAUACUACUUAUCUUUGCAUUUCACACAUGGAGAUGAUCACUGCAUUAAUAUAUUAUGUAGUGAAUAA